CAGCCCCUCAAGAUGAACUCGUCCUCGGAUGCAAAUCAUAGCAGCCAGCUGUUCUGUCUCCUGGGUGUCGGUUACUCGCAGACCCUGAAUAUUUGCGUCCUGGAAGUGGUCAUCAUCAUUUUCCUAACUGUCCUCAUCAUUUCGGGGAACCUGGUAGUGAUCUUCGUCUUCCACUGUGCCCCCCUGCUCAACCACCACACCACGAGCUACUUCAUCCAGACAAUGGCGUACGCCGACCUGUUUGUGGGGGUGAGCUGCCUUUUCCCCUCGCUGUCGCUGCUGCACUAUCCGACUGGCUUGGACGAGUCGGUGACUUGCAAGAUUUUCGGCUACAUCGUCUCCGUGCUGAAGAGCGUCUCCAUGGCCUCGCUGGCGUGCAUCAGCGUGGACAGGUACAUCGCGAUCACGAGACCCCUGUCGUACAACACGCUGGUCACCCCGUGCCGGCUGCGGGCGUGCAUCGCCCUGAUCUGGAUCUACUCCUGCGUGGUCUUCCUGCCUUCCUUUUUCGGAUGGGGCAAGCCCGGCUACCACGGCGACGUCUUCCGGUGGUGCGCCAAAUCCUGGAAUACAAACACCUACUUUACCUCUUUCAUCGUGGUCCUGCUGUACGCGCCGGCCGCCUUCACGGUGUGUUUUACCUACUUCAACAUCUUCCGCAUCUGUCAGCAGCACACCAAGGAGAUCAACGACCGCCGGGUGCGCUUCAGCUCCCAGGAGGGCGAGUCGGGCGACGGCCAGGGCUGUCCGGACAAACGCUAUGCCAUGGUCCUGUUUCGCAUCACCAGCGUGUUCUACAUUCUCUGGCUGCCCUACAUCAUCUACUUCCUCCUGGAGAGCUCCCACAUCUACGACAACCCCGUGGCCUCCUUCCUGACCACCUGGCUGGCCAUCAGCAACAGCUUCUGCAACUGCGUCAUCUACAGCCUCUCCAACAGCGUCUUCCGCAAGGGGCUGAAGAGGCUCUCGGGGGCCGUCUGCGCCUCCUGCGCCCGGCGCGUGGAGAGCAAGAAGCCGCCGGCCCCCACCAGCACGAGGUCCACCAACGUCUGCAACGUGUAGUGAAGGACCCAUGGGGAACCCCACUCCCCCCCCUCCGGGGAGAGUCGAGGGUUUCGUGUCUUGGCUUGAGAGCGCUGGCCGGGCCGCCGGAGGAAACCGGACCCUCAUUGUUGAGAAGCGGGAGUCGGGGAUGGGGGAGGGAAGGAAGGACAGGAGGUUGAACAAGCCCGUCUCGGUGACCUCGUUCGUAGACAGACACUCUCCUUUCUUUUUUUUAAAUUAAAUAACGUUGCUGCUUCGUGGUGACGGUGUGGCUCUCUCCCUCAGAAGCUGGGCUAGGCUCAUCACUGCCGGGCUUUUGUGCACAUUUGUAAGCAAAAUGCUGAGAUCGAGAGCACCCCAACCCGAGACGCGAGUGGGGUAGCCCAGCUUGCCGUGGGCCUUGGGGGGUGGGUGAUGGGGGGGGAGAGGCAGGAGGAGUGGGCGCCUGGGUUUUGAGCAAAAGGAGCACAUGCAAUCACGAAAAUCCCUACAUCUUUUGCCAAAAGAGCUUCUACUGCAAAAAAAAAAGAGGCAAAAAACAGAAGACGACAAUAUUGCCAAGCAUUAAGUGGAACCACUUCAGUUACAUGCUAGGCUUACAUGGAAUGCAAAAAAGAAAACAAAGAAACAAAAACAAACACAAAAAAAUCCAACUGAAUUUAUAAUAAAAAGAGAAUGCUGCUUUUCAUCCCAUGAUGAAAUGGAAGUGAGUUUAGUUCGAAUGUGACCAAUUGAUGUCUGUUUUUUUGUACGUAAAAUGUUGUCAGUUAACUUUUCCUUUUCUGUUUUUUUUUUUCCUUAAGUACAAGAAUUUAUGAAUUAAAAGGUGUACAUAUACUCAGCAUUUUCUCCUUGUGAAAACGUGAUUCUCUCUUUCAUUAGCAAUAUGGAGUCCUUUUUCAAAGUUGAGACGUUUCUCUGGGUUCUGUAUUUUUUAUUUGCAUAUUGACCCUGGAAUCUGUGAUUUGUCUGCUCACCUUUUGCGGUAGAAUCGUUGAGGACUGAAGUGCCGCGACUAUUUAGUCAAAUUUGUCUGGUAAAAACGGAAAAAAAAAUGCAUUGUCCAUUGAAAAGCAGGAGGAUAGGUAACCUUUAGAAUUUUUUUUAACAAACCUCAAUGUACAAUUUGUUUUGCGAGGCAUAACAGUUUAACUGCCUUAUAUCAUAGCAUUUUUAUUUGGCUGUGAUAAAAUGUAUCAAUAAUGAGAAACAGUCAUGUUUUGCUUGAACUUAUAAAUAUCUGUCAAGCCGGACAGAGCUUGGAUAUGUAUCAUACAGGGUCUGAAAUUCAGAAGGCUGGUUGUGCUUAUCAAAUGAAAAGGCUUUUGCAAAAGGAGUGAUACUUUGUUAUAUGCAUGUUUGCCACAGUAUUGCCUGCGGGGAAAAAUGUUAGCAUUUUUCCACAUUGAUUCCCCUGGCGAGAGCCUGUGCGAAGAAUAAUCUUCCGAUUUCUAGGUAAGAAAUGUUACCCUUCAAAUAAUACAAUUGAUUUUUUUCUAUUUCUUUCUCUCUGGGUCUUGUAGCAGUUUGGUAGAGAUCAAAGUGAACUAACAGUAGUUCACUAGGCUGGAUUUGCAGUUUGAAUUAUGAAUUUUAUGAUGCUAUAAGGUUGCUGCUCUAAGUUGGAGGUUUAUAGAUGCAUGACAAGCAUUUACCCAGUAUGGAGUUUAGAUGACGCCUGUGAAUUUCAUGCUUACCAGUUCUGGUUCAGGGUAGAAAUAAGCUGAAAAUCCUGUAAAGUCAGGAAAAUGUGGCAAUUGACAAUAGAUGGUAUUGUAGGAGAAAACAUUGGCAGUUAUUUUAGGGUAGUGGUGCAAAAUGAGACAGAGACUGAGCUGAAACUAUUUCCUGCCUGUUAAAAAUGGCUACUUUAGGUCUUGCAGUGAUCUUUGUGUUUAGCCACUAUAUCUGAAUACAGAGUUAAUAGGUCAUGAGCUAUCCUUAUUAUUCAGCAGACACAGAGAGUGAAUUUUUUGUGUAGUCUUUAUUUAAAAAAAAAAAGAAUUUCCAGUUGCAUUUAUAGUUAAUCUGUACAUUAUCUUGAGGUUGCAAAAUGUAUAAAAUGUCCUCCGUUCUCCAAAGACUCCGGCUAUGAAAUACAUUCAUUAUAAUUGCAUGAACACCCAAACAGUAUCAUUUGAACCAAAAUUUCCCUUUGCAUUUUUUAUAGUCUUAUUUUUAUAGCCAGAAACUACUGGUCAUGUUCGCUUACAAAUAGUUUCACUGAUAUGUUAAUCGCUGUGGGAAUGACAGAAGUGGACAGCAGACUACAGCUUUGGUUGCUUUACAGAAGUAUAAUGAGGCAAAGGCCCAACACGGUUAUCACAGAGAUAGAAACAGAGCUUGACUGCGUUAAGUAUCGAGAAACAGUCUGCUUUCAUGCAAUUUUUAAAAGCGUCUUCGAUAUUGUACCUAAGAAAAAGUUGCAAGGUUGGAGACCUGAAAAAAAGAAUGUACCUCUAGGAAUGUAGAUUUUCAAGAAUUUCUUUUCUGCUCGGGAAAGUGGAGGCAGAAGCUGUUGGUACACCCUCCGAAGAGAUGAAAACUAACUAUUUAGCUGACAAGGUGAUUAAAGGCAGGGUUAGCCACCAGCCUCCUUGCCAUAUAUAGAGAGAACAUCUGCUCCUGACAUUAUAAUAAACCCUUCGGUCAACCUGGCAAAUGAGAGAGAAAGAAAUAACCAGCUGUUAGGUCAGAGCUGUGGAAACGAAUUCACUGGCUGGAUUGUAAUUGAUGGCCAGGGGAAGAGGGGAUGUGUUCAGGUGUCAUCGUGGAGAUUGGCGUGUAAACGGAUUAAUGUCAACUGGCCUUUCAGUUCAAAUUGUUCUUGCUAGGUGUCGCCAAUUGUGUAAAGGCAGCAGGAGGCCUCUCACCUCAGAGGUCUCCAGGAAACAGCUGCUGACCUUUGGCCUGUACUGAGGCCGAUGUACUGUAAGUAGCAAAGGUGACAAGACUGGCACCUACAUCCUCCAUACCAGAGUCCAAAGUCUGCCUGGUUAGCCCAGCAAAAGCUCGGUGGGAAUGUCUAAAAAUUGAACUUAUAAGGGUGUUGCUUUUUUUUUUGUACUGAUGGGUUAUUCUGCCGAAGUGUCCGGUGAUUCUCCACGUCACUUUUGAACCUCAGAUUUACAUUCAUUCUUGUCACUAUUUCUGCGUUGCUCCUGGCAAGAGCAGAAGAAAGCGUUUUUUGUGAAGUAACAGGGUUACAACUGAACGUUCUUAGCCAAAGAGACUGAAGUGUUGUUUUGUACGUGCGCUGAGGUGUGCUCUUUAAACGUUUUUUAACCCUCAGUGCAUUUGACACAGGCAUUAUUCAGGUCUGCUGAGAAGUGAAAGGCAGUUUUCUAAUGAAACAUUGAUAAGAAGCUCCAGUUAAAAUGUGUGAAUUCUUUAUACGUAUGCAAAAAAUGAAUACAAACUUUCAUGUUUAAAUAACAUAUAAAUUAAGCAGUAUUGUUCUGUACUCCUUUUACUUUCCUAAGUAAAAUACAUGUAGUACGGUCUUCUUAAACACAGUUCCUUUGUUGAAAUCAGUUCCUUCAGUGGUACACCUGGAUCAUUUCUUCACAUUUGUGUAUGAAGUGUUUUAUCAAGGUGAAAAAGGACCCUCAAUGGCUAAUGUUCACUGUUGUUUUUGGAUGCUGAAAACCGUUGCAUUGUAGCUAUGACUUUCAUUUACAGGAGACCAAAUGCAAUAUUGUCGCUGAACACGUUUAGAUUUUCAGCAUUUGAUUAAGGUUUUUUAUUUUGGAUUUAUAUAAAGAGCAAAUGUACAGAAAUGUGAUGUCAAGCACCUUUGAAUGUGACAUACAGGUUAUGAUCAAAAGGUUGCUAAAUAUAUUCCUUUAAAUGCUAAUGAAUUGAUUAUUGGCUUUGUCUUAUUGUUUAACUGAUGAUUUGCUCAUCAUCUGUCCAGGGACUUGUUUGUUUUAAUUGGUUUAUUUUUGUAUUUAUCACAGAAACCUUUAGCAUGUGAUAAAUGAUAUAAGUAUCUAUAUAUAUAUAUUUGUAGUGGAACAAGAGAAAUAAUGAUGAAUUUUUAUUUAAAGUAAAUCUGUAAACUAAUCACAAAUGUAGGUUGAUGUUUAGAAUGUGCUUUCAGACAUUUUUUCCUAUUCCAAAAUAAUAGAGGGGACUGUGCAAUAUUCUAAUUUAAGGUGCAUCACACUUUAAAAUAUACAGUAUAAGUAGGCUGUAUGUUGUAUUCAAGACAAUUAAAAACAUAUCAGAUUUUAGGAAAAGGGCUGUUUGGAGUCGGGUGAUUUCUCUCUGCGCUGUAAUUCAGAAUUAUCAAGCUGUGUUCUGAAAAAUUUGUGUAGCAGUGUUGUCAUGCAGAGCUGUAAAUACUAUUUUUGCAACAGACAUUUUGAGUAGCACUCAAACCUCGGAGGCAUUUGGUGAGAAAGUAACAACCUGCAAGCAAGAUAAUACAAUCAUAAGGUCAUUCAUUAAGACUGCAAUAGCAGUCCUGUUUCUUUAACUUGGGUUUCUCUAAGUAAUGUUUGCAGAAACCAUUGUAUGUCAUGCUAAAUGUCCAGGCCGUUCUCAACCAGUAAAGCCUGGAUUAGCCAAGAAUAUGAAUACAUGUACUAAAUUGAGUUUUGUCCUUUUUAUUUGAGAGGCACUUCACAAAAUCAAUAAGAAGUUGCUCUGCUGAAUUUAUUAUGUACCUGAUACAUCAAGAACAAAACCAGUUUUUCAGGAAAAUGUUUUUUUUUGGAAAGCUGGCUUCUGCAAACUCAUUGAUAACGAUGUUUCAAAAUCCAUUUUCUAUACUGUGUAUUUUGUUCUUUGAAAUGGGAGAGAUGGACACCGUUUUGACUCCAAUUUAAAGAGUAGGUGAGUUAAACUUUGCUCCGGUCAUCAAAUAAGUAGGUUUAACAUAUGGUUUGAAACUUUAAAAAACGUAUGCCAAGGUAUCCAGUAAGAGAUGUACUGAUGUAUUUGCUGUGUGUGAAAAAUGUUGUGCCUUUUUUAGGCUAUUGUUUUGUAUGUAAUAGGAGUACUAUGAGGUACGAAACUGUUGAUGGUACAGCAUUUUCACUGAUGCAUGUUUUGGGACAUUUUUUUGCCAAAGACUGAGUGUUUUUUUUUCCUGUGGGAAAAUUGUGCUUUAAAAGGAAAUUGACUCAACUUAAGGGCUAGCCAUCUCAAGGGAUUUCCAUUUUUCAUAUUAAGCUGGACCAGAGUGCCAUAUUUGGAUUCUAAGUGAUACAUAGUCUUCUACAUUAAUCAAGACGCCGUAAAAAACCACUUGUUUUUACAGGAACAGCAUGCUCCCAAGACAUUUGGAAAGCUUUACCUAGCAUUGUUGACAGCACUUUUAAACAUCUGUGUUUAAAGCGCCAGAAAUCCGUAUCUUUCCAUGGGAUUUCCGACGACAUUGCAGUUAUUUGAACUGACGCUUCAUUAAAAUGAUUUGAUCGUGGUUUCGACAUUUCCGUUUAUUGUCCAGAUUUUGAAAACUUUUGCCUUGAAAUGUCCCAAAAUGCAAAGAAACCCUUUGAUGCAAAUAGUGGUGAAGGUCUUUUUUUGAAGGAAAGCUUUAUUCAUUGCAAAUGGUGGUUCAUGCUGUGUGGUGGAGCAAAUGUUAUUUCUGAAUUUAGAGAAAGCGCCAAUAUUUUGCAGAUUGUCUUAUAUACAACAGUUUGAUUGUGUCGUGCGUAAGCACCUUGUUUUUUGUAAUGUUGUAUUGUUUGUUUUAGAAUACAGAUGUCUGAUAUUUAUAUUGGGUUUUUUUCUGGUCAGUUAUGUCUGCACUGAGUCAAUAAAUGUCGUAUUUAAUUA